AUGCAAAUGCAUCUGGAGAUUCUGCCAGGGACGAUCUCAGGUGCUAUCGACAUGGACUCGGACCCCAAAUCCUUGUCUCACAUCACCAGUACGAUGCCCUACAAGGGCGUAUCUAUUGGCGCCAGCAAUCUGGUCGAUCAGACAGGCAGUCUUGGUGGUUGGAUCAGAUUGACACGCAAGUCUGAUCCGAGCCAAACUCUUGACUGCAUGAUGUCGGCAUAUCACGUUUUCGAGAACGCCGAUGAAGAGGGAGAACUUGACAAUGCUGUCAGCGGUAUCGGCUUCUAUGGAGCUCAUUUGGUACCAGACAUUGAAGUAGUUUGGCCAUCGAACCUCGAUGAGCAAUACACCAGAUCUGUCUGUGAGAAGAAAGUAGCUCAAGGCUCUAAGAAUCCAGAAUUUGCAACCGCACUCUCAGUUCUCAAUCAAUUAAGAGGCUCUGGAAGAACUAUUGGAAAAAUCCGAUAUGCAUCUGGUCACGCCACUCGAACACCUAGUAAUGGACGUCUCGAUUGGGCCCUUGUUCCUUCCCCAAAUACGUCACAGCUCAAUCGCCCGCCUCAAGUAAUCAUUGAGAGCAGCCGUUACAUCGAAGGCACGUACGCUCCAAAGGCCAAUGAUUACGUACGGAACUUUGGCUCGGAUUGGAAGAGAGAGGACUGGGUUGUUCGAGCCGGGAGGACGUCGGUGAGACAAGGAUUUGUGAACAAGGUCCAAAGAGUUGUUAGGUGGGAGGACCGGGAAAAACACGCACACUCGAACGAGAUAGAAAUCUUACCCCUUAAUAAUGCUGAUUUCUGUGGCGCUGGGGAUUCCGGAUCCUGGAUCGUGAAUGAGAGAUUUGAGUUGGUCGGUAUGCUCAUUGGGAAUGCCAAUGGCCAGGAAAGGGAGGGGAUUGCAACGCCGAUAAAAGAUCUGAUAGAUGACAUCGAGCGUAGGACUCACUGCAAAGUGUCGCUGCCAUGA